UCAUUUCCGUGAUGUAUUACUUUGUUGAGCUACGAUUUUCAUUUUCAUUCACUUAUUUCUAAAAAAUUGACCCCAUUGUCGGUGAAAAUUUGAAUUUUGAAACGAAAAUAAGAACUGCAUUUUUUUCAGUUUUCAAAUUUAAAUUUUAAAUUGCUUACCCAACUUCAUUUUUGUUCUGCCCUCAGUAAAAAUCCUAGCUAUGUCACCGCUUGCAAUGAAAAAGAAAAGAAAACUGAAAACAUAUUGGAUUUCUAGAUAUUUUUUUUCAGCCAUGACUUCUGUUACUGUGUUCUGUAGCUUAUUAAUAAUUUUUUUCAUUUCCAUUUUAAUUAUUAUGCAUAUUUAAAAAAAAAAAAUUAAUCAAGAUUUCAUUUUCCAUCAUUCUUCACUAUUAUUGCGUAAUUUGAAUACGAAGUUCAGGAAAUUGUUUAUCCACCCUACAUGCAGCGCCACCUAGGGGUAGAGUUUUGCGUUACAUCAAAUCGACGGCCAUCUACGGAAGCAGCGGCUUAUGGGAGUGGAGACACUUGUACUGGUCUAUAUCACUUUGACUUAUACGUUUCUCGAUUCUCAUUUAAGUAAACUGCACCGUAAGGCAUAAAUGAACAACUUUCAACUUUUAAAGUUCUAAUAAAAACUUUUUGCAAUGGAUGAUAAACUUUUGGUGUUUUGGUUCAUUAUCAGCAAAGCGUAACCGAAAACCAAUCAAAAACUUUUAAUGAUAACAUUUUUUAAAAUCAGCCAAUCAAAAUCGAAGAAAUCGCAUAUGUCUUUUUGAUUCGUUGUUAGUUGGUUGCUUUUCGUAAUUCGUUUAUGGUUGUUUAUUUUCAUUUUUUGUGAAUGAUAGGGGAGUUUGAAAAAUGAAAAAUCUUGUUAAAAAUUUUACGGAGUCAUGAAUGAAUUAAAAUUUUUACAUUGUUGACCAUUUUUCACUUGGUCUUCUCAUCUCAAGUGACCACAGUUUUCAGAUUGUGUGACCAAGUUUCGACCGAUGAUCAGUUCAGUUCAUCGCAUGAUAUCGUAUACAGAAGACGUAAAGAAUAAGGUCAAAAUAUUACAUUUCUACCAACGAGUUUUUACUAUUCCUUACAACAUAUAAGAAUACUUUUGAAUGCUUUUCAUAUUUUCUAUUGUGUUAUGCUGAAUAGUGCUAUACCUACCAUACAAGUUGUAUACUGAAAACAAUGACUGUUCUGAUGAUUCAGCUUGUGUUUCAUUACAGUGGAGCAGUUUGAAUUCUUCAAGUCCCUGACGUUAUAUUUGUGCACGUAAAGUAAUCAUCGUAACAAUUUAGUCAUGGAGAACGAUUACACCGACUUACGAUUCAAUAAUGAUCAGCUCUUGAAACUUGUGACUUCGGCUGAAGUUUUAUUCCGGCAUCUUUACGAUUUUGUAACACCGGACGAUAAAGCGUUCAUUGAUCAAUGGCUUUGUUUUAAAGAAGAAUACAGCGACGCUUGCUCUAAUAAUUCUCAACUCGAUGUGAACGAAAAUGUUCCUGAAUGCUCGAUGCUUCCUAGAAUAGAUGAAGUAUCAGAAAAUGAGAAGAUUUCUUCCUCUGUUUCAUCGGAAGCAUCUGAUUCCGAAUCUCGGUUUCCUUUAACGGAUGGCGAUAACAAUAAGAAUUAUUUCAAUUUCGAUGAAAAGAAAAAGGAUGCGUUGAAAAAUUCUGAAAAUCGACCUCAAUCUGAAACCAAUAGUCAUUUAUCUCAGGUUGAUUCAGAUUUGCUGGAUUACAUGACCGAUUUUAAAUUAUUUAAUGAUAGUUUCGUUACGGAUUGGUUUAAAACCUUUUCCUUCAAUGUUGCGGAAAUUCGCGAGUAUUUGACUUGGUUAGAAAAUAAAGAUUAUAAACGAGUGUGGACAGAUUUGUUCAAUAACGCGAAGAAAAAAAGGGGUCUCGAUGUUAAUGCCAUGGAGCAGGAGAAUAUUAUAAAUAACAAUAAUUUUAGAGAUGAUUUUAUGUCGAUCGAUGCUAGUCGCAUUUCUAAAAGAAUGCUACCUCAGAAUAAUCAAAUGCAAUACGUCCCAUUUUGUCAGCAGUGUAACAAUGACAAUCGUUUCGAAACUAUUGACCGGCAAAUCCGCCAUUUACAAGAAGUUCGGCACGUGUUAUUACGUUCUCGUGAAAAUAUCAAUUGUAAAAUGAAAAAAGAUGAAAUAAAUUCGAGUGCACAAUUCAAGCGUAGUUUGAAAAUAGAUGUUGCUUUUGAAAUCAUCGAUGCUUCAAUCGAAAUAAAAAAUGGAUGGAGAUUGGGGCACGAUAUACAGAAUUUAUAUUCGUUAAAUGAUGAAAUCGACACCGUUAUUGCCGAUUGUUUACAUAUUUUAUCGUUGAAUGAAAUACGGUAUCUCAUGACGACUUAUUUGAAAAAUAUUAUGGAAAUGAGAAAAUGCAGUUCUGAAUAUGAUAAAGAAUUGCUAAAAUUAGAUGCCGAAAUUUCCAGUCAAAAGUUUCUAAUUUGGAGAUUAUAUAUGAUGAUUAAUGAAAACAAACGUUCGUAUGAAAAUCAAUGGUUAACGUUGCACAAAGAAUUUGAGCAAAAAUUACAGGUACUCGGUAAAACUGCCACUGAUGAAAGUAACGAUUCUGCUAUGGAAUCAAUUGCCGGCUUGCAAGGACGAAAGUUACUGUCAAUCAUUGAGCGAAAUGAUGCUCCUGAAUCAUCACAUUCUGAUAUUAGAGACAUGAAAGAUGGGCAAAAUAUCGUCUCUGUGGUUUCGCAUAUUCCAGAAAAAAGCCUGAAAACAUUGCAAAAGACUCAUGGCGCAUCUUCGGGGACAAAAGUAACGAAAAGCAAGAAAAAACUCAUCAUACAAACUUGAAAACAACGACCAAACUUCUUGUCAAAAUUAGACUGCUUUUUAUACUUUUGUUUUAUCAUUAAUAAGUAUCAGUAUUGUGUUCGCAAACGACAGUAUUCUUCUUGAACUUAAUUUUUGCUUUUAAUUAUCAUUGUGAUUCGAUUUUUACUUACUCAAUCAUCUCCUUCCAUGCACCUCUUUAUGUAGUUUUAUAUUAAUUAUUUCUGCCAUCAUCGUCCAUUUUUACAUUCUUUUCACAUAUCACAAUUUUCAUGUUUUUUUUCUUUCUUUUAGUAUCUCUCCGUACAACCAAAGUCGUUUUCUUUGAAAUACUCAGAUUAUUUUCAUUGAAAUUGUUUUCUAUUAUAUUUGUGUUCUUCGUCCUUAUUUGUACUUUUCAGGUCAAAUUGCAUAGAAUGUAGUUACCAUUUACUUUUAAUGGUCGCUUUGAAUAAUUAUUGUAUCGUUUAAGUUCUUAUUUUUAAUUAAACGCCUAUACUUAGAUGAAAUGAGAUGAGAAUUUAAUGUAGUGGUAUUUUAGAUACUCAAAUUGAAAACACAUCACUUAAUGCUUUCGAUUUUGAUUCGGAAUUCUCACCAAUAUUUACUCGUAUUUCAUUAGCCUACAUACACAUAGUAGAUAAUUGAAACACAAAAAAAUGAAAAUUUAUUUCUUUUUGUAGUCUUAUAAUGACCAUCAAAUUAAUUACUAUUUAUUUAUGUAAUCGCUCUUUUAAUAAACGAAGAAAAUGAGUUGAAAAAGAACACAGUUUUUUCCUCUUGACCUU